AAGAGAAAAGAUCAGGAUUUUCUGGUACUGGGCCUUUGGGACCUGAUACCCCAAAAGUAGACGUGGGUAUCAUGUCAGUAACACUCGGAAGAGGAGUUGACAUUAAACAGAGAUAUAUAGAUAGGAUGACCAUGAAAACUGAGGAGGAAAAACAUGAAAAUGAUGCUGAUGAUGUGGGAUUUAAAUUUGGAAAUUCAGGUUUAAAUGAGAGGUGCAAAGAUGUAUUUGCCAAUCUUGAUGCCCUGGAGGCCCGUCACAAGGCAUUUGAGACGAAGCGAGCCCACGAUGACUGGAGGAGAGAUGAACAGCUUCUCACCCAGCAGGCCAUUGAUGAUGAGCCCAGUGGCUCAGAGAAACCACAUAGCAGAAGACCAGUGAGUGAUUAUCACAGCCGACCACGGAAUACAAGUGCAGACAAUCGCAGACCUGACAGAGAGUUCAGAGUUCCUAUGCCUCCACGUGGGCGUGGCCGGGGUCAGUGGAGGGGGCGGGGCAGAGGAGUACCAGAUUAUAAAGUCCACCCAGAACGCUGGACCACAUACUCCCUUGAAGAUGUUGACACAAGCGAUGCCUCCAACAAACAGGCCGCAUUUGCCUUCCUUAAUGAACGCAAAAAGUUGCGAGAAACAGAGCAGAAAGAGACAGCUGUUGACCUGGAGGAAAACGCCUGCUCCGCCGGAAAAAUCACAUUCACCCGACGAAAUAAGCGGGAGACAAAAGCGGGAUAUGUGGAGGGUCAAUCAGUCCCGCGGGAAAAACAAGCAGGAACAGUGGGCAGAUUUGAAGAAGGUGAAGAGGAGGAGGAAGGAAAAUCAGAUGAUAGUGAAAUGAAAAAUCCCCUCAAAAGACAGGCUGAUGGUGAUCUGUCAGAGUGCAGUGCAAGUUCUAGAAUAAAACUUGAUAUUAAUGAUGUAACAUGUGGUAAAAGUGAAGAAGUUGGUGCAGAAUGCGACAGUGUACAAAAGCCGCAGUUUAAAAGCCGGGGUAAAGCCAAAAAAGCUUUUAGAAGUCGCCAGAGGACUGAUGACGAUGAUGGUGAUGACAGUUGAAAUGCUAAAACUCUGUAGUGUCUAUCAAAGUUUAUGCAAACAAAAAUGAAUAUGUACUAAUUCUUGAGCAUGGUGUAUAUGCAUGUCAUAUGCAUUGCUGUGAAUUAGUUAGAUUUCCUUAAAAACAGAAUGUCGGGUAAUACAUGAAGGGGACAUUCACUGUAACAUUGACUUCCAUGCUCAUAGUUAAUACCCUGUAACGUUCUGUCUGUGAUUAAAAUGUGUAACAUACAGGAAGAUCACUAAUAAAUAUGCUAUUUACUAUAAA